UUUAGGCUGUUCUCUGUCAUGAUUAUCAGUAAAAGUUGUCUGCUGCGCUCUCCCUCUCUCUCUUAAAUGUCAUUGCUCUUCAUUAAUCAUUAAUCUUGUGUGGACUGAUGUGCUAAACCCUGGAUAAAUAUGCUUUCUGAGCCCUCACCGUGUUUGCUCUGUCACCAAUAUUCAGGACAAUAUCCUUGAGAUAUACUGUGUCGACUUGCUGUAGAAGGAGUAAAUUUACAGCCCCAGGAGUUGUAGAAAGUUCUAUUUGCAUUCUGAAUUUGGCAGUACUCCACAAUUUUUGCAUGAGCUGUAGUUGUUACCUACUUUCAGAUAAGGGAAUACUCACCAGGGUUUCAUUAGGAAUUUUCUUUUUGUCUUUCCUUUUCCCCCCAGGGAGGUGGGUUUGCCUCAGAGUGUGUUGUUUUUGACUGUAAAUAACUGAAGGAUCAAGUAAUUUGGAAAUGAGUGAAAAGACGCAACAUUAAUCGUUCCGUGCUGAUAUACAUUGUGUCCACACACAAAGGGUCAGAUAUGGAUAUGUAGGUGGCCUGUAAAGAAAAGUGAACAAGGACGUGACAGAAAACAACCAUGUCAACUGCGGGAGAAAGAGAUGCUGUAUUUCGUAGCACCAAAGUCCGUACCAAGCUGAAGGGAGAUGCCAGCUGGAUGCAGCGCCGCAAUGAACCUCAGGCCGAAACCCAGGAGGAGAAACCAUGGGUGGCAGAGGUUAGAGCCAGUCGUUUGAACGGAGCCCCUGUUGAGACCAGUCCAGUGUCUUCACCAACAAAAGCCACACCACCACCUACAAAGAGUGACACUGACAGAGCACCGACUUCAGGAUACCUGAUCAGAGGCGUUUUCACUAAACUAGACAAGCCUGCUUCAUCCUCAACAUAUAAUGGUCUUAGCAAAACAACACAAUUCACCAAAAAACCUUCAGAGAGCUACAAGAGAAUAGCCCCCCACACUGUGAGGCCCACUUCAGAGCACCAGGAGGGCCAGCUUAGCCUCGAUGAGCAGGAGAAACGGACGGAGGCAGCCAGUAUUGUUCUGAGGAAAUCAGCUGCCAGGCAGCGGUCUUAUGUGCUUUCUGCUGCUCAGAAAUAUGAGUCUAAAGAAAGAGCACCUGACAUGUCACUGGUCAGCAGCACUCCAUCAUUUGUGGCUAAAAGGGUGGAGAUUACUGAUGAUGAUGAGAGCGCUGUGCCACCAUCCCCUGCUGUUCCCGUCACAUCUGUUGCCUCUGUGCUGGAGCCCAAACCUCGGAAACUAGUCAGCAGCGGUGCUAAGACAGCUGUUGAUGUUGCUGUUAAUGAGCCACUAGCUCCAAAGGGGGAGAAGGCCACCCCAGAGCCUGUGAAGAAAGACCCCCUGCCGUUGUCUGUCACAGGAAAAGACCCAUUUGAGGACAUGAAGCCUGGCUGCACCAAGGUGGCCACUCCUCUCCCUGAGCUAAUCACUGAGUGUAUUCAAGCAGUGUCUUCAAAGCCAGAACCUGAGGAGUCAGACGUUUCUGAGCAGGCUGACACCCCUCUGGCUGAACGUUCCCCUCCAGUGUCACCUACUCCAAAACACACUACACCCAAAGUCGAAGAAACACCUUCUGCAGAAUCUCCUGCAUCAGAAACACCUGCUGCAGAAUCUCCUGCAUCAGAAACACCUGCUGCAGAAACACCUGCACCAGAAACACCUGCACCAGAAUCUCCUGCACCACAGUCGGUUGCCCUGCCUUCAACUGUCCCAGAAGUACCUGGUCCAGUGUCUCCCCUUCCACCAUCACCUGCCUCUAAAGCUGAACCAGAACCAGAGCCAGUGCAAGAACCAGAGGCAGAGCAAGAACCAGAGCCAGAACCAGAGCCAGAACCAAAAAUUGAACUGUCUCCUAAACCAAGCUCCGGUGUUGACACGCUCACUGCUUUGUCCGACACUCUUAUUUCUUUUGGCCCAAGUUCAUCCAGCUUUCAGGACGAUGAGCCAGAGCUGGCAAAGAAAGAAGGAGGCUCAGCGGACAGUUACACAACAGAGAACAGUGUUGAACCAAAGCCAGCGCUCAGCAACUGUGAACCAAUAACAGACGAUCUCCUGGGUUUAAAUGAUCGCUCAGAAGAGUCAGCAGAGCCUGUUCCCCCCAGCCCUGGGCGCUGGAGUCAGGAUCUGCUUAGCAGACUAGACAGUGAGUCAAGCCCAGAAAAAACCAGUGGCACCCUGGACCUCCUGGCCAAUGAUGUGAUUGUGAUCAACUCAGAGGCACCCAGCAGCCUCAGCAUGCAGCGAGAGGAGGAGGAGAAGCAGACAGAUGAGACAGCCAAAGAAACACAAAGCCCCACAGAGACCGUCACUAUAACGACCAAAACUGUGAUCAUUACUGACAAAAGCCAAGAGGACAAUGCUGAUCCCUGGAGCUCACAUGUGACAACCACAGUCACUGAAUCAAGCUCGGCUGAUCCGUUUGAUCCAUAUCCGAUAGGGACCACAUCCCCUAACAGCUCCUCUGACCUGCUCCAGCCCCGCUCAGAUAUUUCCAUCAACAGUGCAUCAGCAGCUUCCAUGGAGAAGGAAAACUUAAGUCCAGAAAUAAAUGUGAGCAGCAGCGCAUUGGAGCCCCUUGCAGAUGACGUCAUCCCUACCAACACUGACACCACAAGCACUGGGCGGUCAUGGACGCGCACAUGGGAAAGCAACAUGCCACAGCAGACUAACACUGAAGAGAGCCAGGAAACCGAACCAGAGGCAGAAGGCCAAGCUGAAGAUCAGCAGACGCUGGUCAUGUUCGAGAGAAAGUCCACUGAGAAUGACUCCCCAUGGGACAGAUGGACAUCACCCACUGUCUACACCAUCACCUCCACUACUACAGAAGAGGAAGAAGAAGAGGAGGAGGAGGAGGAGGAGGAAAGCCCUGAGGAUAAACAGACAGUCACAACCAUCACCACUAUCAGGGAGAUACACAGCGAGCCCGAGUCUGCUAUGGAUCGCUCUGAAACCUUUUCCAGGACUGUGAUAGAAGAGGAGCAGCGCGUCCAAACACCAGAACCUGACGCCAAAAGGGGGUUUGUGUAUGUGAAGGAGUAUGUGAAUGCAGCUGAGCUGUCCUUGCAUAACCCCAGAGAUAUAAUCAAUAGUGGGUCAGAUUAUUUGACUUCAAGCUCCGUCGGUUACUCCUACAGCAGCCCCUCCACUUACUCCAGAGCCCCACUGUCAUCCACCUGUACAUACUGUGGAGAGCAGGUGGGCAAUGAUGCCAAGAUCACCAUCGAGCACCUCAACAUCAACUGCCACCCUGCCUGCUUUAAGUGUGACGUGUGCAGUAAGCCUAUGGGAGACCUUCUCUACAGUAUGUUCAUACACGGUGAGAAAGUCCACUGUGAGAGCUGCUACUCCACAGUCAACUGAUUAUCCAAGCUCUUCAGCAGCCUCUUAUCCACGUCCCCUUUCCUUCAUGUUCAUUUACAUAUAAAGUGAGAACUGCUUUCACAAAGUUUGGACUGAGUUUGGUUUGAACUUAGGAAUAUAAUAGUUUAAGGUGAUCAAAGAGACUGUCAUAGUGAAUAUAAUUACUUAAUCUGGACAUGUACAUUAUGUUGCAUUUCUGCUGUCUCAAACAUGUUACACAAGAUUAUUUUUUGUUUUCUUAGUGGUGAAAGCUGUUUCUGCCUCCGUUUACUAUGAAGGAUAUGUCCGUUCGACAUAAUGUGUUACGUACAUAACUGAACAGACUAAAACUGGCAAGUGGGAUUCAAUAUUAUACGUUAGAAAAUGACUUUGUUACAAAAUGUUUACUUCUUUUGCUUCUUCUUGAUACAAAAUACUGUGUUCAUAUGAUGCUUUGUUAACAAAAUAAAAUGAUUUCUAUCA